UGUUGCGGUAAAAAUUAAUGAGAAAAUGAAUACGAACAAAAUUGUUUAGUGUGCUAUGCAUUUUACCACUUGUCAUGCACUUGUCAAAUGUCAGUGCAAUUUUGAGUUUAAUCAAAUUUGUGUUUUCAAUUUGAGAAGAAUUUCUGCAGAAUUUAGGUGAGGAAAUGUGGUACGAAAUAAUCCCCAGUUUCCUGAUAAUAACAGUGGCAGUGGCAGCCCCUCACUACCUCGCAGGACCUUUUAACUGGUUGCUUUGCGGUCAUUUUUACCGAAGAUCUAUGAUGGACAAACAUGAAGCAUUGCAAUAUUUACGCGACAGGAGGCUCUCCGAUCCUUACGAAAUUAUGGGUUUGGAAAAUAUUCCCGAUGAAGAAGAAACGGAAGAUAAAAAUUGUCAGCCGUGAUGCAAAUCGCUGUUGCUAUAUUUAGACGUUGCAGUAGGAAGGACGAAGUCUGCAUGAAGACACCAGUUAUGAAAGUUCACCUGCGGUGUGUAUGCCAGACAGAGACACACGACAAUCACAAAUAAUGGUCACGGACAAUCGAAAAAUGUCGUUGUACCAUUAGUGUUGCGUCACAAAAAUCA